AUGGAAAUUUACUGUAGUAUUAUCGCGGCAACAAUAAUAACAAUUAUCAUUUACAGUGUGAUAAAAUAUUCAUCAUCAAAAACGAAUCUAAAGUAUGAUAUAGCAUGUGUGCCGGGAAAAUUACCAUUUAUUGGACAUAAUUUACCAAUUAUUACAAUGCGCUCUAGCUUUCUUUACAUGUUCAAUAUUGACUUUUACCAUUUGUUCCCAAAUAGCAGCAUGAUGGGUUAUUACAAUUUCUCCGUCCCCGGAAUAAUAGUCCGGGACCCGAAAUUAAUAAAGCAAAUAAUGACCACGGAGUUCAUAAACUUCAACAAAAACACCUCCUCCUUGGACUACAAUUUGGAUCCCUUGUUAUCGAUAAAUCCCUUCUUCACUUCUGAUGAUCAGUGGAAAAAAAACCGGACGAUACUGUUGAACGGACUAACCAGCCAAAAAUUGAAGCUAAUAGCCCUCGGGAUAAUCAAUGUCGCCGAUGAAUUCACAAAUUACCUCGAACAAUUGAUAACAUCAUCAUCUUCGAAAUCGGGAGCGAUAACAGUCAAUGCCCUGGAAUUGCUCUCUCGUUUUACUGCUCAAGUUGUAGCAAUAGGAGGAUUCGGAAUAAAUGGAAAAUCUUUUAAUACCGAAGAAACGGAAACUUUUGAAAGUAUGGUUAGACCAAUGUUACAACCGGGAAGUUUUUAUGAAUUUAUCAGCAUUAUUACUUUUUUCUUUCCGUUUAUAGCCAAAAUUUUACGCGUAAGAUUUAUGCCAAAGAAAAUUUACCAUUACUUUGUUAACAUCAUAAAAACCGUGCUGGAAGCUAGAUCAAGCGGCAAUCAAAACCCACACAAUGACUUCAUUGAAAAAGUCUCCGAGUUGUGCAGAAAUGAAGAAACUGGAAAAAUUGACGAAAUUUUAGUUGCGUCUCACGCAGCCUCGUUUUUUCUCGACGGGUACAUAACCUCUGGAGUGACAUUGGCGUUCACAGCUUACCAAAUUGCAAAGCAUGGAGAAGUCCAGGAGAAACUCAGGCAACAUGUGAUUGAUAUUCUGAAGAAACAUGAUGGAAAGCUGACAUACCAGACGCUGGAAGACAUGAAAUACAUGGAACAGGUUAUAUACGAGUCAAUGAGACUCUUUCCGGCGUUGGGGUACUUGGGCAAAGUCUGUACCAAGGAAACCAAACUGGUUGGCUCUGAUGGUGUCGAGUGUUGCGUAAAACCAGGCACCGAGAUGAUAAUUCCCGUAUUUGGACUGCAUCGUGAUCAAAAGUAUUGGGACAACCCGGAAUUAUUUGAUCCGGAAAGAUUUUCACCGGACAAUGUUGGUAACCUUAAUAAGUUCGUUUUCUUGCCGUUUGGGGGCGGGCCCAGGCAGUGUGUGGGAAUGAGGGUGGCCAUCAUGCAGAUGAAGGCUGCUUUAGCGAUGUUGGUUAAGGAUUAUUGGAUUGAGGUUGAUCGAAAAACUGAUGAACCUCUGAGAGUUCAUAAACUAUCGGGGCUGUUUACUGCUCCCCAUUCUGAUAUUUGGAUCAGAGUUUGUAAACUAAAAGAUCGGAAG